AUGAGCCUGUCUUCUCAGAGUACAGUACUGAGGAGGAGUGUGGGCACCAGGCCAGCCAUGAGCAGCCACGCUAUUCUCACCAAGUCAAAGUUCUCUGAGGAGGAGCAAGAGGGGAUUCUGCUGGGUUUGGAUGAGGAGGAGAAGAACAGUGGCAGUGAGGACAGCGAGGCUGGCUCAAAGAAGUCUUUAGAGAGCAAGGGCGGCAUGGCCGGCAGCUGCCCUGAUGUGAAGAGAUGCAGUCGUCCUGUCCGCUCCAAAUCCCGCCGUGUGGCCGCCAACGUUCGCGAGCGAAAGCGUAUCCUGGACUACAACCAGUCUUUCAAUGCACUGCGCAUGGUGCUCAAACAUGACCUCAACGGCAAGCGACUGUCCAAGAUCGCCACUCUGAGGCGUGCCAUCAACCACAUCUCUUCGCUGACCGUCUUCCUGGGCUCCCACCCCUGCCCCAGUGCCCUGCCAGGAGGACAUCCACCCUGCACCCACGCAGAGUGCCUCAGAGAGCAGCCCUUGGCUGGAAUUGAGGAGGCCAUGCUGGUCCUGGGGAAGGACAGGGAGAGAGAGAGGGGCUUCCAGACCCCGGUGGAGACCUACUGUCUGCAGCAUAAGCCGUUGCAUUGGAGUCAACACCACCAGCAGUCCCUGCAGGAUCCCGGUGCUCACAAGGCUCCCAUCAUUCUGCCUCCAGAGCUCCAGCUCUACACAGACACCCCAGUAGGACGACACCCCAGCCCUUCGUGCCUGCCAUCCCCAUCCUAUGCUCACUUCUCCCCCACUGAGACCCAGUUCUACACGCCCUCGCACCCUCACGAGGAGUUGAGCAGCCCCCCGUACUACAUCAGCAGCGAGUGGAGUGGGGGGUCAGGGUACCCGUUUGGAGUGAGGGCCAACUGUCGCCCGAAUCACACUGACAGCUUCUCAGACUCCUCUCCUGCUGUGUCCUUCACGUGGCAGCUGGGUUACCUGCAAGGCUCAGCUGGCUACCAACAGUUCCUUACCAUGUACUGA